AUAAAAUUUUUAGCAUUAAAACAAACGAAUCGUUAUGAAAAUAUUUUCUUAAGAAGAAAAAAAUUUUACAAAAAAUUUAUUGAAAAGAAAAGUUAAGAAAAAAGUCAUAACUACACAAAAAAAUCCAUAAAAAUUUUGCCUAAAGGCAAUGAGAUUAUAAUAAAAACCUGUGUCACAGUGUAAACUGACAGAUUCAAUUAUGCUCGACAUUAGUGAAGUGAAAAGGAAGUGAUCUAAUUUCGUGAAAAUAUAAAUUCAAAUAUUGUGAAAUUUAUUUUUGAAGUAAAAUUAAGUAUAUCACCCUUCCAUCACCUCCUCAUCACCACAUGUUGUGGACAUUGCCAACUAACAUGGGUAGACGAAAAAUAUUCCAUUGGACACUAUUCAUGACCAUUGCGGUCUUAAGUCUACACUGCAGUUAUGCCGUAUAUUGUCCCACCAAUUGUAAAUGUUCCUGGGUGCUUGAUAGCCUGGAUGUGAAUUGCGCCAACCGUGGCCUUAUCGAUUAUCCCGACUUGCAAAAUAUUCCCGUGCAACAUCUGGAUCUCUCGGGAAAUUAUUUCAUUGAGUUUCCUCAGCAUUUGGCAGACUAUGAGUCGCUCAUCUAUUUGGAUUUAUCCAAUAAUCAAAUUGAAUAUCUCUCAGCGGAGGCCUUGGUGGGUUUCCACUCCUUGAGGACAUUGAUAUUGGCCAAUAACAGCAUACACCAGUGGGCCGAUAUAAAUCCCAGCAUAGCAUUUGUAAAUGCCCUGAAUUUGCAGCGCCUGGUAUUGAGUGGCAACCAAUUGAAUGUCUUCAAUGCCGAUGAUCAUCGUCAGGUGAUUGUGAGUGAAUCUUUGACUCAUCUGGAAUUGGAAAACUGUGGCAUAGCCAAGGCUGGGGGCGAUUUGUUAAUUCAAAAUAUGCCCAACCUGCAAAGACUGAAAUUAAAUAAUAAUCCUUUAAGCGGCUUGGCAGCUUUACCCUCCAAAACUUUAAGAGUUUUGGAAAUGAAAAAUUGUAAUUUGCAACGCAUUCCCGGCUCUUUGUUGCAGGGUUUACCAGUCCUGGAUUCUCUAAUACUUUCCUGGAAUACUGCCCUGCAGGUGGAUACCAUGAAUCGUCUGGAAUCCUCAACUCUCAGCGAACUUGAUCUCUCCUAUUGCAGUCUGGAUGAUAUCGAUUUGUCGCUACUGCCCCGCCUCACCCAUUUGCAGUUGACUGGCAACAUGAUUCGUUCCCUGACAAGCCAUACAUUCGAAAACAAUACCCAGCUGGAGGUUAUAAGUUUAUCGCGUAACUCCUUGCGAGUUUUGGAAACUGAAACUUUUCAAAAUUUAAAAAGACUCUCCGCAUUGGAUUUAUCCUACAAUGAAAUAGCCCGUUUGGAUCGUAAUCUCUUUAGAGCCAAUGACAAUUUGCUAAGUUUGAAUCUGAAUCACAAUUACAUUGAGAAAUUAACCAAGUUGGUGUCGAAUUCAUUGCGUGACAUAAACCUGUCGUGGUGUGAAAUCAUACUAAUUGAUGGCACUGCAUUUUUGGGAUUCUCCAGUUUGCAGAAAUUGGAUUUAUCCAAUAAUUUAAUUAGUGAUUUUCCUUCGGGAAUGGGAUCGAAUACAUUGCAGAAAUUGGAUUUAAGCUAUUGCCGAUUAUCCACUCUGCGCAAUACAACAUUCCAGCACUUUCCGGAAUUGGCUCAAUUGAAAUUGAAUGGAAAUCGUUUCACAAAUCCCUUUCCCAGACAAUUUUUUCAAUCAAACAAAUACUUGGAUGAGAUUUAUGCAGGAGAUAAUACUUGGAUAUGUCAUUGUGAGGAUCCCACAUUUGUGGAUUUUCACGACUAUUUGACCGCUCCUCCCACAAGGAUCAAGGAUCGCAAUAGUCUGCGCUGUGCUUCGCCUACCAUCAACUAUGGUAAAACUUGGGAGGCGGCCUGUGAAAAAGAUUGGAUACCCAAUCAACGUUCCACUAGUGCCGAAAAGGUUUGGUCCACCAUAGUGUUGAGCAUAUUGGCAAUUGCUGGGCUGAUAUGCAUGUUCACAUGCUUUCAAAAAUAUAUGGCCUGGAGAAGAAAACAAAUGGAUCAGGAGGAAUAUCAAAGGAAUCAAGACGAAAUGAGGGCCAUUCGCGAUCUCAAUCGACGCAUUCUAGAUGAAGAUGCCCGUCCCAAUGCGCCCAAUAAUUUAGAAAACAAUCUACUGCCUUCCUAUGAAGAUGCCCUGCGCAUGCCCAAACCAGUGCGUCCUGUCAAAUCCAUGCUGGACUUGACCACAGACACAUCUCGACGCAGAAGUCGCCUCAAGAAAUCUCGCACCAAUCCCGAAGAUGAUAUAUCCCAGGAAGAAGAGCCCGAAUUGGAUUAUCGCACUCGUUUCCGCAGCGAGGAGAUGCUAUCGAAUCGUGACAAGGAACGUGUACAACAAAUGGGACCCACACGUCGCACUGGUCAUAUAACCUAUAAUCCUUCUGGCAGCAGACUGUUUGCCAUAGAAGAUUCCCGCUUCCCUCCGGCCCAUUUGAAGUCCCAAAACCUACAAAGUGCCGAAAAGAUAGGAAAUUUCCAGAGCUACGAAAAUAGUCCAUAUACGAAGCGUAGACCCAAAAUAGCCGAAAUACCUCCCUUUAAGAGGGCUAGUCUCAGGGCUGAUAGUGUGGAAUUCCUGACAGAUCCUGAAUUUGACACUAUCAGCAAGCCCAAUAGUCCAUUUGCUCAAAGAAAACCCAAAAAGGCCAUGGCUCCUGGACCACCGCUUACACCUGCCGUUGAAGAUUAUUUUGGGGAUGCACCCAUGUCCCAUAAAGAGGAAUCGCCUGAAGGCAGUGACUUUCAUGUGAUCAUAGAACCUGAAAUACAAUCUUUGCGAGGUGUUAUCUCAUCUUCGGACUCCAAUGCCGAAAUCGAUUUAAUCAAAGGCAAACGCAAGAAAUUAAGAAACUCCUCCAGUCGACGAGCAAGUGGCAACUUUACCGCAGCUGCAGCUGCGGCAGCAGAUGGUGAUAGCUCAGAGGAGGAACCUGUUAUUGUGGUCCACAGGCCAAUGCGCGAGACUUUAUUCUAAACUUAAGGCUAUGUUGCAAUGUUUUUAGUAUUUUAGCUUAUUACCCAUACAACAAUUUUUUUUUCUAUUACGUAACCAAUGCAUAAGUAGAGCGGAACUAAUAUACAACAAAUGUAGAUUUAAAUAAAAAUAA